GAUCAGCGCGCGGCAGGGCUCGGGUUAAGAGAAGUGGGUGGGGCGCUGAUUUUCGCCUUAACUACACCUGUAGCUGCCGUGUAUCCGCCCCGCACUGCGCAGCUUUGUUAGAGGAAAGCGAUUUACCAUUGACGUGAUAGUAAAACUUUGCGUUUACAUCAUGAGCAUUCUACCAACACAAGACAGCAUACCAGAGGAAGCAGUAACCAAAUCAUCUGGUGAUGUGGAUGGUUUUGAAAAAGCUGUUGUUGGAGGUGUAAUUGCUGCCGUAUUCCUAACCCUUAUUACUGUUGUGGUGCUGAUCACAGUGUACUUGUACAAGCAUAAAGGCAGCUAUCGUACCAAUGAAAAUGCAAAGGAUGUGGAGGCAAGCAAGACCUUGCAGAUGGAGGACCGUGCCCUCACUCCAGAAAAAAAGGAAUAUUUCAUGUAAUUGCAAAAUAUUUUGGGACUUAAUUAUUCAUAACUGAAGGACUCUUAUCUGUGGACUGUGGAAUGUUUUGACAACCCCUCCCAGUCAUGGUUGACUGUACCGUAACUGUGAAGUUUAGAGGAUCCGGCCUUUCAUGCUGGUGGUCUCUCUGGUCCCUUGCAAGGAGAUGGGUGAAGGAUGUAUUUUUUUAACUUGUGGCAUAUAGGAUUGUAAAAUAAAUGUAACAUUUUACUUUAGUUUUUGGAACCACAUUAUGAAUUUUAUAACACACCUUACAUAUUCUUUAGCACUGUUUUGGUAGUUGCAGCAUGUACCUUUGCCCCCUCCUUGUCUUGCACUUUUAUUGCAUUUCAUUUUCAGCACUGGAGCUUUCUGUUCUGCAAAUACUUUUAUAUAUAAUUUAAUAAUUUAGUCUUGUCAAGAGGGCUUUGCUUUAGUUAGAUAUGUAGUGACCCCUCACUGACUUUAGUUUGUUCCUGCUGAGCAUAGAAGUACAGUGGCAAGUCCUUGCUUCAGCCUAUUUAUUAAAGAAAUAAAAGGUUCUCAUUUUUAAACUUUUUGCAGUAUUAUUUACAAGCGAUUUAUUGGCCAAUUCUCAUAAUUUGGAUAAUUUAACAAGAGUAGUGAUGAGCAAAGCUUUUUUUGGCAGGUAUGGUUUGCUUUAAAUCUUUGCUGGUGAAAAUUUUCAUGAAACUGCUGCAAAAUUUGUGUGGUCCGUUUUGGAGAAUUAACAUUUGUGUGUAUACAGAAAUAAAUAUAUAGUGCUAGUGCAAUAAA